CUCGGUCUUCUGGUACCGACAGGUCUCCGAUUCCUGGGAUCACUGGAUGGAAAUGUCUGGUACAAUCAAACCUGUGACGUCUUUCCUCAUUGAGGACAUCCUGUCCAGUAAGAACUGCAAGAGAGUGGACGGCAAAUGCAGCUCGCCAAGGAGGGAAAAAUGUUCCGACUGGAGAGAGGAGUCUGAAAAGUUGUCAACACACCUUUAUCCUGAGGAAUCCGCCUUUGGAAUGCACACAGAGUCUCUGGACACGUCCCAUCCCAGCUCCUCAGAGUCGAGCUUUUCCUCCCCAGGAAAACAGAAGCGGUCCAGAGCGGCCUUCACGCAUCUUCAAGUGCUUGAACUGGAGAAAAAAUUCAGCCACCAGAAAUACCUAUCAGCCCCAGAGAGGGCCCAUCUGGCCAGCACCUUAAGACUGACCGAGACCCAGGUCAAGAUCUGGUUUCAGAACAGGCGGUACAAAACGAAGCGAAAGCAGCAGACUGCAGAGCUCUGCAAGGAUGCGUACAAAGCAGACGGACUGGGCUUGAGAGAGGAUUUGGUCAGAGCAUCACUAUUAAUGUCCUUCUGCAAAACCUACCAGUACAGACCCUACCUGUGGGACUACAGUGGAGCCUGGGGGCCAAUGUUGUGGUAGAAAAGUCACGACAGAUAAUAAUUAGCCAAUGCUAAGGGACUUGAAGUUUCUUUUCUUUUAAGUAAUACACUUUGAACUGCCUGGAUGCUUCUCUUUUCAUAUAAUAAUGUUGUCCAAAGAAGCAAGCUGUGUGUUGCAUGGAU